ACAGAGAUGAGAAUGAGAGGCGUGCCUUCCACGCCUUAUUGAUGUUUUUUUUUUUGAAAUCUUUUCUGAUGAUAAUUAUCUCUAGUCUCUGUUUUUCCGAAACGAAAUCUCUCUUUUUAUUUUCAGGUAAUCUAAGAAUUAGGGCUUCGUUAAUCUGUCUUCAAAAGUUAAAUUAAUUCUCCUUUAUUAACCAGAAGAUUCGUCUUGCACUUUGUUGCAUGUUUUCUGAAGUUUCGUGGCAAUAUGGUGGAUGAUGAUAAAGUUUCCAACGACUUUUCUUUACUUCUUGAUCUCAAUGAAGAUUCAUCAACGCCUUUCAAUAACAGUCUCGAAUACGAUUCAUCCAUUCUUGAUCUCCUAAACUUGGAAGAUGGACGAGAGACACCAAAUCCAUUUAUUGAAUCUCUGCAUGCUCCACCACAAGAAGAUCAACAUAUUUUAGCUGAAGCAGAGCCACCAAAGGUUUACAUCGCGCCAAGAGUCAUGAUAAACCACGAGGACUCGUUUUCUCUAGACUCUCGAAUCGACAGCAUAGAAGAUGCAAGGAUUAGUUUGCCGGAUUCACCACCUAGAGGAAGCCAAGAUGUCGUCGGUCUCUCACGUCUUAGAGUUCCUGUCUCACCAAGAGCUUUUGUGCAUCCGAGAACUUCUGGAUCCCCACGUUUUGGGUCACCCACGAGUCCUGUUUUGAUCGAUACCACUGCCCCGUUCGAAUCCGUCAAGGAUGCAGUUUCAAAGUUUGGUGGGAUCACAGAUUGGAAAGCACAUAAAAUUCAAACAAUAGAGAGACGAAAGACAGUGGAUCAAGAUCUUGAAAAGAUACAAGAGGAUAUGCCUGAGUACAAGAAACAAGCAGUUGUAGCCGAAGAGGCGAAGGAGAAGGUUAUGAUGGAGCUUGAGAGAACAAGGAGUAUCGUCGAAAAGCUAAAAAUGGAGCUAGAAAAGGCUGAGAAAGAGGAGCAACAAGCGAAACAAGACUCUGAUCUUGCGAAGCUGCGUGUGGAAGAAAUGGAACAAGGGAUAGCUGACGAGUCGAGCGUAGCAGCCAAAGCGCAGAUAGAGGUGGCUAAAGCGAGGCAUUCGUCAGCGGUUUCCGAGCUAAGAAACUUAAGAGAGGAGAUAGAAACGGUCUCUAAUGAGUACGAAUCUCUGUUGAGAGAAAAAGAAUCGGCAGAGAGGAAAGCAGAGGACUCUGUUAUGGAAGCUAAAGAUGUAGAGAAACAGAUGACGGGUUUGUCAAUAGAGGUGAUCGCCACUAAGCAGUUAUUAGAGUCAGCUCAAGCGGCUCAUCUCGAAGCUGAAGAGAAGAAAUUUGAUGCAGCCAUGGCUCGGGACCAGGACCUUUAUAACCGCGAAAAGGAACUUAAAAUGGUGGAAGAAGAGAUCGAGAGGCUUCAACAAGAGAUCCAUGCGGCAGACGAUGUGAAAAUCAAACUAGAGACUGCUUCUGUACUUCAGCAAGACCUGAGGGCCGAGAUACCGGCUUACAAAGACGCAAACGGUAAGAGAAACAACAGUGACAUUCAAGCAGCGGUUGAUUCGGCCAGGAAGGAGCUUGGAGAAGUUAAAUCAAACAUCGAUAAAGCGAACUCUGAGGUGAAAACGUUGAAGAUAAUUGUUGGAUCAUUACAGUCGGAACUCGAAAGAGAGAAGAAAGAUCUCUCGGAGACCAAACGUAGAGAAGCCCUUUCAGUUCAGAGAAACGGAGAAGAGGCAAGAGAGGAGAGAUGCACAGAAAUAGCCAAGAAGUUGCAAGAAGCUAACGAGGAAGCAGAGGAGGCAAAGUCGCUUGCCUUAGCUGCUCGAGAGGCGCUGAGAAAGGCGAAGGAAGAGUCGGAUGAAGCGAGAACAGGAGUCUCUGCAAUAGAGAGUCAGUUAGCUGAGGCCAAAAGGGAAAUGGAAGCUGCAAAAGCUUCUGAGAAGUUAGCCUUAGCUGCGAUAAAAGCGUUGCAGGAGACUGAAUGUAGUAAGAAAAUUGAAGACAUUAGUAGCUCACCAAGAAGCAUAAUAAUAUCAGUGGAGGAGUACUAUGAGCUAAGCAAGAAGGCACAUGAGGUAGAGGAAGCAGCAAACAGAAAACUAGCAGAGAUUGUCUCUCAGAUCGAGGCGGCUAAGGAAGAGGAAUCAAGAGUCUUGGAAAAGCUAGAGGAAGUGAAUAGAGAAACAGCUUUACAAAAAGAAAAAUUAAAAGAAGCAAUGGGGAAAGUAGAGAAGGCCAGAGGUGGUACAGUUGGUAUGGAUCACGAGUUGCGAAAAUGGAGUUCAGAGAAGAGCCCCAAGACUAGUCCAGAGGGUGGUGGAAAGGAGAAUCAUGACUUAGGCAAGUCCAAAUCGGCUUUACAUUCAGCAACAUCAUUUGCAUUUGGUGAACAAGGAAGCAACAAUGUUGGAGAUGGUACUAAUGUGACACCUGAAACAAAGAAGAAAAAGAAGAAGUUUUCCUUGCUGCCAAAAGUCUUCAUGUUCUUGUCAAGAAAGAAAUCAAACAAGUGAAC